GCUUCCCCAUAUUCUCUCCACUCCUCUGUCUCUUCUGUCACUCUCUCCUAUAAAAUUUCAAUCUGUUUUCCUCUGUUUCAACAAACAACUGCUGAAAAAUGCCAUUGGCGGCUCCACUUUCCCUCCUUUUUCGAAACCCUCCAAUCAUCAUCACAUAAAUCUUAAUCCCAUUAAUUGUUUUUAAAUCCCCACCAUUAUUAUUAUUAUUAACUCAAAACCAAAAUCUUCCCAACACAUUUUCUUUUUCAAUCUUUCCAAUUUUCAGUACCUUUGCUGAAAAAUCACUUUCAAAAACAUCCCUUUUACCCCCUUUCCCUCCAUUCUCAAGUUCUUCCAAAUUUUCCCUUUCCCCCCUUUUUCCAAAACCCUAAAAUUUGGAAAUUUUCAAUUCCGUUUCCCUCCCAAAAUUCCUCCAUUUUUCUUCCACCUUUCCCCAUUAUGAUGGAAACCCACCUAGAUGAACCCCUUGAUAUUCAUCCUCCUCUGCUCAAUUCGCUCGAUUCCCCAAAAACCCUAUCUGGGCCGUCACCCCCAAUUUCACUUGAGAAAAACCUAAAUUCUUUGGACUCUAACGAUAAUUUAUCUCUGUCGAGCGAAGAAACUGUGCCGGAUAACGAUCCCUGCUCCGAUUUUGAUAGCUUGCUUGAAGAUAUUGACUCUAAAGAUGGUGAAAAUGAGGAGAAUGAGUUGAUUUGCCGCUGGCCUAUCUACAAUUACUCGCCCUACGGUGGUGGACCGUGGUCGAGGCUCCUUGAUCCAAGGCCUAGCUCGAAUCCGUGGAUUUUGGGUGCGAUGGAGUUGGAAGAUCGCAAGGCUUCUGAGGGUUCUAGCUGGAUUGGUUGGCCUUCUCCUACAGAUUGUGGCAAUAAGCCUAGUGUUUCAAGUUGGUUGAGCGAAAAUAAGUCUCCUGUAGUGGGUGCUGGGCUGGCAAAUUUGGGUAACACAUGCUUUCUCAAUGCCAUUUUGCAAUGCUUCACUCACACUGUUCCACUACUCCAAGGGCUUCUUUCAUCGAAUCAUAAAGUGCCCUGUGAUAGUAACAUUGAAGGUUUCUGUGUAUUUUGCAGCCUAUAUGAGCAUAUUCAGUUUUCAUUGAUCUCUACGGGCAAGAUCAUUUCGCCUUGGAAAUUUGUUAACAACUUGAACUAUUUUUCAUCUAGUUUUCGGAGAUUUCAGCAGGAAGAUGCUCAUGAAUUCCUCCAAUGCUUUUUGGAUAAGCUGGAAAGUUGUUAUGGUGGUUUUGAAUGUAACAACACUCUGCAUUCUGGGAGUGACAACAUGGUGAAACAAGUCUUUGGUGGUCGUCUUAUAAGCAUGCUGGGAUGUUGCAACUGUGGUCAUUGGUCUGACACUUUUGAGCCAUCAAUUGACCUUAGUUUGGAGAUUGAGAAUGCAAGCGAUCUUCAUACGGCUCUGGAGUCAUUUACUAAGCUUGAGAAACUUGAAGACCCGGAAACGAAAUUUACAUGUGAACAUUGUAAGGAGCAGGUGUCGGUUGAGAAGCAACUUAUGUUGGACCAGGUCCCUUCAGUUGCUACAUUCCAUCUUAAGAGAUUUAAAAAUGAUGGUUCUUUCGUUGAGAAGAUUGACAAGUAUGUAAAGUUUCCCCUGGAAUUGGACCUGCAGCCUUACACUAUUUGUGAUCAAAAUGAGGAGGAGUUGAAGUAUGAUUUAUUUGCAGUAGUGGUGCAUACUGGAUUUUCAUCUACCUCGGGGCACUAUUACUGCUAUAUUCGUGUUGCUCCUGAUGAAUGGUAUAGAUUUGAUGAUUCUAAGGUACGUUGGGUUCAAGAAGAAUAUGUGCUGAUGCAGGAGGCCUACAUCCUUUUCUAUGCAAAACAGGGAAUACCUUCUUUUUCAAGUUUUAUUCAAACACAAAAGCAGUGGAUGGACCUGAGUUUAUUGAAUACUUCCCCAAAAUCUGUCUUAGAUAUGGUCGAUGUUUCUACAGAAUCUUCUAGCUUGCUGCUUAAUCAUUGUUCUGAUGUUGAUGAACCAAGUGAUGUUGCAGAGACAAUUUGUGCUGAGAAUCUCAUUGGAACAAGAGAUAGCAGGGUUAAUGAUGGUGAAAAUAAAGAAAAAUCCAUCUCUUCUAUGCUGUGUGUUGCCAGUAAUUCUUGCAAUGUGGCUAAAAGUGAAGAUCACCAGUCAACCUCUCCUGUACUCGAUAAUUCUACUGAUGUGCCUUCAUGUGAAGCUGACAAAUCCGCUUCUAUCUCUUCUGAUGGGCCUUCAUGUGAAGCUGACAAAUCUGCUUCUAGUUCUUAUGUGCCUUCAUGCGAAGCAAACAAAUCUGCUUGUCUCUCUGUGCUCAAUAGUUCUGAUGAUGUGCCUCCAUGCAAAGCUGACAAAACAACUCCUAGACCUGCUCUCCAAGAAAAUAACUCUAAUCAGGAACAUGGUGAGUUUAGGAAUAUUGCAGGAGUUAUGCCUGCCACGCCUUCUAGAUCUGCAAGCCCUGAGAUAUAUAGGGAAGACCCGCCUGAUACUACUUUCUCCAUAUCACGUGGUCAUUUGAGGUCGAUGGAGCAGGUUUCUUGUAAAAGACAAUUAAACAAGGAUCUGGAGAAUCUAGAGAGAAAGCAGGCCUAUACACUUGCAAAAAAGAUGCCUGGAUCAAGAGGGCAGCAGUUAAUGGCAGCAAUGAGGGGGUCUCUUAGUGCUGGAUCACUAAACAAGAAGAGAAGCAGAGGAUUGCACACGUCUCCCAGUAGUGAUGUUGGGAACUCAGGUAGUAGGCGAAGGAGCAGUUUUCCUUUGCACGCUAGCAGUCUAAGGUGAAUGGCUUUAGGUGGUAAAUAAUUGGUGCGAGCUUUCUUUUGACAAUACAGAAAUAGGAACUUGUUGAAAAAUCUAGUGUUGAGACUUGGACAAUCUCUGGAAAAUGAGCAGCUUUUGGCUAGCUUUGUGAAUAUCCUGAAGCUGACUUAAGGUCCGUUAAAAAUAAAUAUAUUCUAGUAUACUGAUUAUUAGAGAACGUUGCAGUUUACUUGUUGCAUGCAGUCGAGCAAUCAGAUUGCAGGCAAGUUAAUUCCUUGUUACGAGAUUAUCUUAUCUCCUUCAGCUUGCUCCACAUCUCAGAAAACUGGAGAAUCUUCUCAUUUUGCUGUAAAGUUGUUGGACCUUUGCAGUAGGUGACUCUUAAAUCUAGCCAUUGUUUGGAUAUGCUAGGCUAACAAUGGGACUGUCUUCUUACUAA